AUGAAUGUUUUACAUAUGCUUCAGUAUGUGACGUUGGCUGGUUCGGCUCUAGCUGUCAGUUUAAAUGUCGCUGUGACAAUAACCAAUGUGAUGUUGACGGAAAGUGUACAGAAGGGUCUACAUGUGACAGGGGAUGGUGAUCUCGCUACUGUACAAACAGGAACCACAGUGUCAAACAACACAUUAACAGAUGGCGAUGACAAGACGUGUGCAAGUGUUAAGACAUUUACUGUGUCGUGGGAGAUAGCUUAUUAUGUCUCGUGGCUUAGAGUUGUUUUCGAUAAACCUGACUCUCUAGAAAAUCCCCAAGUUUCAUUUGUCAAAGAAAAUGGAGAAAGCAUCCCGUGCAAUAGGAUGGAAGUGGUUAAAUUCUCUCUUAAGGUCACUGAGAUCUUAUGCCGAUCAAACGUGUUAGUAAAAGAAGUUCUCAUAGACUUUAAAUCAGACAAAAUGGUUUGCUCUGUUCACAUCAACGGUGGUCGUAACGUAGCCUUAAAGCAAUCAACUUGGCAAUCUUCUACGUUUAUUGCUGAAGGUGUAUCAUUUGAUUCAAGUAGAGCUGUAGACGGGAACACAAGUAGACAAUUUUACACUCACAAAUCAUGUUCACACACUUUGUUCAAUGAGCCAGGCGUAUGGGAAGUCACAUUUAGUCAGCCAUUGUUCCUGAAUAGAUUUGUAAUCCAUAACAGAGAAGACAAAAGGGCCCGGAUUAAAGGAUUUAAAUUAACAUGCAGCAGCCCAUUUAAUCGGGAAGAAUUUAGUUACACUGAUGGAAACCCCGACAAUAACGUCACUAUUUACACCAUCACAACCAGACCCCCAGCCUUUCAUAUUUCAAGUGUGACCAUUUCUACUAGUGACACAUUAACGCUAUGUGAGGUGGAGACCUACAGCGAUCAUUUCUGCAGACCUAAAGCAUAUGGGCCCGAAUGUUCCAUCCCUUGCAGCUGUAACGAUAGAACUGAGAAAUGUUUUCCAACAACAGGCGGAUGUCUGUCGGGUUGUCCUGUAGGCUAUGAAGGUUACGGCUGCUCUGAAGCAUGCAGUGACUCACACUACGGCGCAGGAUGUGCGGAAACGUGCAGUCGCAGGUGUUUAAACCAACAAUGUAACAAUAUCGAUGGUUCAUGUCUGGGCUGCUCAGCUGGGUACCAAGGGGUGUUUUGUGAGUACGCCUGUGAAAAUACAUACUAUGGUAUGAACUGUACACACAGAUGUAGCACCAACUGUAUCAGUCAACAGUGUAGCAACGUUAAUGGUACCUGUGAUAGCUGUAUUAUUGGGAAACAGGGCGGCUUUUGUGAUGAGGAUUGCAGUGCUACAACGUAUGGGAAUCAUUGUAGCGAGCCUUGCAGCACCAAUUGUUCAGACCAACUUUGUGACAACGUCAAUGGUCGGUGUUUCAGUUGUAAUGUUGGCAAAAUUGGCUUGCUUUGUGAUCAAGGUAACGUGUUUAUCUUAACAAUUAAGUUUCAACAAAGUGCGGUGAAUGAAUAG